UUUAGCUACCCGUAACAUGAACAAAAAGAAGCAGAAGCGGAAGCGGAAGUAGUAGCUGGUCACUGCCAGUCAGUGAACGUUUCUCCUUAAUUUUGCUUCAUUAAACUGUCAAGACGUCGUACGCAAUGCGAGGAGACCGGGGCAGGGGCCGUGGAGGCCGAUUCGGGUCCCGAGGAGGACUAGUCCAGGGGUACCGUCCAUUUGUUCCGCACAUACCAUUUGAUUUUUAUGUGUGUGAGAUGGCAUUCCCUCGAGUGAAACCCGCGCCAGACGAGACGGGUUUCAGUGAGUGUUUGCUAAAGAGAAACCAGGACCUGAGUCCAACGCAGGCAGAACAGUCCUCUAUCUUGUCGCUGGUCACAAAGAUCAACAAUGUUAUUGACAACCUGAUUGUUGCACCCGGAAACUUUGAAGUGCAAAUCGAGGAGGUGCGACAGGUCGGCUCUUACAAAAAGGGCACCAUGACAACAGGACACAAUGUCGCUGACCUGGUUGUAAUACUGAAGAUUCUUCCCACUUUGGAGGCAGUUGCCGCACUCGGCAACAAAGUCGUGGAGACCCUGCGUACACAGGACCCAAGUGAAGUGCUGUCCAUGCUGACUAACGAAACGGGCUUCGAAAUCAGCUCCGCUGAUGCCACCGUCAAGAUCCUCAUCACCACUGUUCCACCCAACCUGCGAAAACUGGACCCCGAGCUGCACUUGGACAUCAAGGUUUUGCAGAGCGCCCUUGCUGCGAUCCGUCAUGCUCGCUGGUUUGAGGAGAACGCAUCUCAGUCAACAGUGAAAGUGUUGAUUCGCUUGCUGAAAGAUCUGAGGCUGCGCUUUCCUGGAUUUGAACCCCUGACUCCUUGGAUUCUAGACCUGCUGGGUCACUCUGCAGUGAUGAACAACCCAUCCAGGCAGCCCCUCUCUCUGAACAUAGCUUACAGGCGCUGUCUACAGAUGCUGGCUGCUGGUCUCUUCUUACCUGGAUCAGUAGGAAUCACGGACCCCUGCGAGAGCGGGAACUUUAGAGUGCACACAGUCAUGACUUUGGAACAGCAGGACAUGGUGUGCUUCACCGCUCAGACUCUGGUGAGGGUGCUGUCUCACGGAGGAUACAGGAAGAUCCUCGGCCUUGAGGGAGAUGCUAGCUAUUUGACGACAGAAAUGUCUACAUGGGAUGGUGUCAUUGUUACGCCGUCAGAAAAGGCCUAUGAAAAGCCUCCGGAGAAGAAGGAGGAGGAAGAUGAAGCAUUGGAGGAAGGAGGAGACGGAGAAGAGGAGAGCAUGGAGACCCAGGAGUGAGAGUUAAGGACUCGUUCUAUGUGUCGAGAUAACAAGAAACUUAAAGUCUGACUGCCGUUACCGAGCACCUCAACGUUGAAAAACUGUGGAUUAAUUGAAUUGACUCCCCCAAGUCGGACUAGUAAACGUUCCCCACAGCACAUAUCGGGGAGCGGCUGCCAUUUUUAAUUGUAACGUACUAACAAAGUUAUUAUUAAAUCAUUAUAAAGUAGAUCCAAUCAGAAUCAGUAUUUUCCAGACUAUAAGUCGCUCCUGAGUAAGAUCCACUGGCCAGCUAGAGCGCCCUCUUGUGGCUGAAAUAAUGAACAUAUACAUUUUCAGUGGUACAGGAGUAGCAGAUACUGGUACACAAACCUAAAAUGCCCCUAGUGGCUGUCCGUGUGAAAAUAACGAA